UCGAGUUGUCUUAUUUUACACGUAUCGCAUCGGCAGCAGACGACAACCUGCGACCACCCGGCCCUUGCGUACCGCGGUCCCUUGCGUAACACAAUGUUCAUGCCUACAACUGCAAGACUUUCACGGGCAGCGUUAACCAGUGCCAGAUAUCUUUCCCCCAUCGUUUCUCCCUCCCUGACAGCAGCAACAUCUCCCUUCCAAACCUCCUUCAAGAUACGCUGUUUGUCGUCAACGUCGUCCACAAUGGCAGAAUCAUGCAUUCCCGUCAAGAAACGACGAACUGAAAUCACGGAAUCCGGUCCAAUGGCUGAGAAUGAUUUCAAGUCGAGGGGUCUCUUCUUGAACGUGAAACAGAACUUAACCGUCGGUGGCCCAGGGCCGGACAGGCUCAAAGCAGUUGCUGGUCUUCUGUCCAAGGCCUCGGUGAAAAGGAUGGGUGAAGAGGCGGCAGGUGAAGCAGAUCUUUUACAGUACGGUAACCCUUAUGGAGAUCCACUUUGCCGCAUCGAGUUGGCCAAGUUCCUGAGCGACGCGUAUGGCAUGCCGGUUGACUGCAAUGAUCUGUUGACGACGGGGGGAGCUACCCAGGCUAUGUCCUUCCUACUCUCUUACUUCUUCACUGCCGGGGACACCAUCUUCGUCGAGGACCCCACGUACUUUAUCCAUUUGGGUAUCUUUAAAGAUGCCGACAUGAAAGCUGUGCCAGUACCCCUACAAAAGGAUGGGAUCGACACAGAGACACUGGAGGUUAAAUUGAAAGAGAUGAAAGCCAAGAGCAGUUGGGAACCGACCGCCGCACAUCCAUUCCGUGCCAUGCUGUACGUCAUAACUGUCUUCCAGAACCCUACCACACUGUGCUACUCCAAAGCUAAAUGUGAGCGUAUCAUUGAGCUGGCCAGGGAGUACGACCUUCUCGUUGUUUCUGAUGACAUCUACAAUGUACUCUCGUGGGUGCCAACAGGCGGUGAUGAGCUCGGCCUUGCCCCACCUCGACUCUUCUCGUACGACAAGAAGGACGACCCAGGGUACAAAGCUAACGUCGUCUCCUGUGGCUCGUUCUCCAAGUUCAUGUGCCCAGGUGUCCGCUUGGGCUGGUUCGAGACUGCUCCUCGCAUCAUUGAUAUGAUGAGGAAAAGUUCAUAUCUGCUGAGUGGCGGUAACUUCAACACGUUGGCUUCAGGAAUCAUGGGUGCUGCAUUGGAGAUGAAUCUGGUGCAGAAUCAUCUCGCUUGGCUCAGGAAAACUUACUCUGCGUCGUCCCGGGCAAUGUGGAAAACUCUGCAAGCAGAGAUGCCAGAAGGGGUGCGUGUUGCAGAACCACAGGGGGGGUACUUCAUCUGGGUGGAGCUUCCCGAAGGAUCUGACGCAGCUGAAGUCCUCAAGAUUGCAAAGGAGGAGUUCAAAGUCGCCUUUCUGCCCGGUCAAAAAGCCUCACCGAGCGGUAAAUACGCCAACUGCAUGCGGUUGUCUUUCAGUUUCUACCUAGACAGCGACUUACAAGAGGGCGCUAAAGGCAUCGCCGCGGCAACCAAGAAGUAUCUCUCCAAAUGAUUCGAUUCGAAAACGAGUGACUUUCUGUUUUCCGAUUUUUUUUAUUUUAAAGACACUGUGUCAAACGCAGACAGCCUUAAAAAAAACGACACGAAGUUUUGAUUGAAAGGUCAGAUGGAACUGAUGGAACUGGUGGAACUGGCUAGCUAGUCUUUUUUUUUCCGAAAGUCAUUAUUUAUACGCCCAAAUAGUAAAUUAAAAUUGCUAACAUUUAAACUAAUCAUGAUUUGGGUAGUUUAUGAAAAAUAACAUAACUAUAUAUCAACUGGAUGGGAUCUUUUUGUAAGAAUUGUUUCAAAUGGUGAAUGCACAAGUCUUUAAAUGGAACAUCAAAGAGUGACUCCAAGGUCAUAUUCAGUUUUUUUAUUUACUCGUUUUUCAAUAUUUUAAAGUCUGUAUGAAAAUGGGAAAAAAUGUACAGGUCUCUAACGUAAAGUUAAGCUAGUGUAAAAUGCCACUGUUUGACCACUUAAGUGCAAUUUUUGUCAAAAUCCAAAAGUGUUCAAUGACGUCACUUUUCAAAUCCGUGAUGAGUGCAUUUUUCUACACAGAAUUUCCAGUUAAUUGCGCUCUAUGCAACUUAGCUUCUCAGUUGGGAGUAAGGACGUUUAGCCUCCAAAAUUGUUUAAGUAUUAUUAUAUUCUAAUUUUAAAAGUAAUAAUAAGUUUAGCCUACAAAAUCUUAUUUUUAAAGAUUAUUAUUCUAGUUUUGGUACAUUGGGGAUAUGAAUUCAUGAUAGUUGCACCAUGGUAUGAUGGUAUGAAUUUUAACAUGAAUGUUUAUUAUUUUGUGAUGAUAAAAUAUGAUAUUAUAUAUCAACAGCA